AUGCCCAGGCAAUUUCAACAUCCAUUUCAAGAGUCCCAGUUUGAUAUCUUCGAGUGGUAUCCGAAAUUUCAGUCUUGCCACAAAUUCUUUUUGGACCAUGCUCAACACACCAACCCUGUUCAGGCUGUAGCGGCCUUGGUAAAUAUUUAUCUUCCCUUCGAAAAACUUCUCAGUACAAGCGCAGCGACGACACCGAGUACUUCGUCAUCGUCGUCGUCAGGAACAGGACGAGGCAAUAUCGCUUUGGUGCCCUACAUCAGACGGCUGGUUGCCACCGGUUUUGAUACACCAUCCAUCCUACAUGGCUUCUUUGGCGAUGACUGGUCGGAAGGAAUAGGCCCUAUUCAUGAACAGGAGAGAAGAAACUACCUAUUUGCUGCAAAGAGUGAAACAUGGCUCAAGGUUAAAGCCGACUACGAUAUGGAAAACGGGCAGACCGUACCAUUCCUACGGCCACUGCAAGGUGUCACAGAAAAGGAAAUCGUGAAUGCAGAAGCCGACUGGAGUGACUGGCUGGCAAUGCAAGACUGGAUGCUAGGACCGAGAGCACCUCCAGGAGAAAACGAGCCCAGGUCGCCCAGAUGA